CCCAAAAAGAAACCCACUUUAGUGUUUAGUUUCCAGAUUCUCAAAUUCCAUAUUAAUGUCUUUCACAACGACAGUAACAUCAACAAGGAGGCCAAAACGGCUCUACCCUCCAGCCCAACCAGCCCCAAAGAUCCUCCAUUUGCCACGUAGGCCUCGCCGAAGAACAGCCAAGAGCGCCGUUCAUGGAAAACCAGCCCCACCUAGUUCGGUGGAGGACAGGAAGGGCAAGCUGGUGACUCUAUUUGACCAAGAACGAGUCUUUUCAAAAGAUGGUUUUCCAAUGGUGCUUGUGGAGAGUGAGAGGAGGAGAGAUAGAGUUAGUGAGGCGGAGGAGGAGGGUGGCGGCGGUGGUGACGUGGAGGUAGUGGAGGAGGAGAAGUGGAGGUUUCAGGCGGAGAUGUUGAGGGCAGAGUGUAAUUUGUUGAGGAUGGAGAAGGAGAUUGUGGUGAAGAAGAUGGAGAGGAUCAGAGUUAAAAUGGAGAGGACUCUUAAUAAGGCUGUGCACACUCUUGUUUCUGGGAGAAAGAAGAUUAGUGAAGGAAGGAAUGCAACUACGGUACUGGAGGAAGAGAUUCAUCAAUUGGUGCAGAAACUAGAGAAGUUGCAAAGGAAUCUAGGAGCUAAGGGCAUGGUGGGUAGGAAGUGCGGUAACUUUGAUAAACAAGCUUAUCUUCUUGCAAGACGGUUAGAGAAGUUUAGAGGAACAUCGGAUGAGAUAUGUGUGAAGGAGAUUCAGGAGAUGGCAGAAGCAAGCUUGUCAAUCAAAACGAGCUAUAGAGGAACUGAGAACUUAGUUACAAGUGGCAAAAGCAAUACAAUGCAGGUGGAGAUUCUAAGAAGGAGAAUGGAAUGGUUGUCAAAUGGGAUGCUGUUUAAGAGGAUGAAGGAGGAGUAUGGUUCAAUGCUGUUUACAGCCAACAACUCUGUUGCCAGUUCAGCCUCCUCGUCCAAAAGAAUUGAAUCCACCAAAUUGUCUUCUUCCUUGGACAAAGAAUCUCAUGAUGAGAAAAUAUGCUCAGGACGUUGCAAGGCCAUUGUUCGAAGGAUUGUAGAACAAGUACGAGCUGAGACAGAGCAAUGGUCUCAGAUGCAGGAAAUGCUUGGGCAGGUGAGGGAGGAGAUGGAGGAAUUACAUGCCUCUCGAGACUUUUGGGAAGAUCGAGCCUUAGACGCAGAUAAUCACAUCCAAUCCUUGACCUCGUCUGUGCAAGAAUGGAAACAGAAAGCUGUUUCAUCUGAAUGCAAAGCAAGGGCGCUGCAAGAACAAGUGUCAUCACUCCAUGGGGAGCUAAAUACCUUGAGUAAAGUUGAAAAAACAAAAGUGAAGAUGGGGAAUCGCUCACCUAAUCCCAGGGAUGAUCAGAAUGAAAUGGAAAAACGUGUUUUGAUAUGUCACUUGAAGGAAAACCAUUGUACCAAAGAAUACAGCAGCAAGCAAAGGGAGGUUGUACUUGAAUGUAGAAAAAAACCGGACAGAGGCACCAACCAAACACCUAUUGUUCCCCAUGCUCUGAAAAGGUCACCAUUCCGAGAUAUUGGUAAUUCCGCAUUGUCGUUGAGGCAACACAAGAAAGCAGUCAUCCUUUUGCAUGGUCUGCUACCUUCCAAGACUUAAAACGCCUGACAUCCAGUACGCGGAUUCAGCUUGGUGCUCGUCAACUUUCAUAGCCAAGUUAACUGUGGGAAGUCUUCCUCUUAUCUAACCUCUACUGUAAUGUCACC